AACAAAACCCCCCACUGGUUCACGUCGUCGUCACCACUGAGAAAGAGAGAGUUUUGAGAAACAAUGGCUUGGCGCGGAUCUCUAUCCAGAUCGUUGAUGUCCACUGCUAGGGCUUCGUCGCUCCGGUCCUCUCCGGCUGCCCCCCGCGUCCGUCCGCCUCCGCUCGCCGCCCCUCGCCUUCAGACACGCCGCCUCUCUUUCACCAAUCCAAGGAAUUUGGGAGAACUAGGAUGCGUGCAAUCGCUUCUGCCGCUGCACAAUGUGAUGGCUUCUCCCCGACUCACAUCGCACCUCAGUGUUGAUGUGCGGGCUUGCUGCGAGCUGUUCCAUGAUUUGUGUCUGAAGGAUGGUGGGACUGAUUCUAGAGUUUCUGGUUGUUGAGAAACAAAGAGGAGGAAGUGGUGUUGCUGUACAUAUUGUGCUUCUUAACUGUCGCAAAGGGGGUUGAAUGCAUGGAUCUCAUGUGCACUAGAAGAUGUUUGGGAAGUGAUGUGGACACUUGGUUGUCUCUCAUGGUGGGCCUGGAAACCCCUGUUAAUCAGCAACAGUAGACAAAGGGUUAAGAAUAGUUGAGUGCGGUAUAACCAAAAACCUCCUUUUAGACCAUGGUUGGAUAUGCUAGUUUUCAUGGUGUAAUAGGAUAGAUAAUUGAGGUGAAGUUUAUUCCAAAUUUGUCGUAGAUUAUCCAAAUGCUUCGAUGAUGGGAGGCAAUAACCAUUUCCUGGACAUACUUGAAGUUAGUCAUUGUUGAAUUAAUCCUUUGGUAUAUGUAUCAUGCAUGUAAUUGUGUA